AUGAAGCGAUUAGAACGCUCGGAAUCACGUACUGUGACUAAGAAAUGUCCGGACUGUGACCAGCAGUGUCCAGUCGCUCUGAGAGCAUGCAACUGUGGCUACUCAUUCACAAAGACUCGGCCAAACAGAACACGAACAGCUAGUGCCGCAGCAAAAAAUGCAGCAGCAUCAAGUGCCACCACAUCGAAAGCUUCGACCUCAGCAUCAAGUUCCCCGCCUGAAUCAGAAACCAACUUAGACAAAGUUGGACGCAGAUUUAGAACAAAGCGCAUGAGGCCAGAUUAUUUCAAUUCUCUAGAGCUGGAAUAUGCGUCAAGGACAUUCCGUCAGAGGAAACCGAAACCUGAAGAGAAAGAACAUAAAGGCAAAAAGAAACGUGGUAGACCAAAAGGUACUACAGGAGUUCCUCGCAAGCCGAGAGAGGAAAAGAAGAAGGAAGAGGAAGAGCCAAAGCCCUUACCAGAACUAGAUGAUCUGUAUGCAAAUUUCUCACCAGAAAGACUUCAGCAAUUUUCUUUCAUUUUGGAUGAACUGAACUUUAAAAUGAGCACACAGAUAUUCAAACCUGUUUAG